AUGGUCAGCUCCUGUUGCAGCUCUGUCUGCUCUGACCAGAGCUGUGGCCAAGGUCUCUGCCAGGAGACCUGCUGCCACGCCAGCUGCUGCCAGAUCACUUGUUGCAGGACCACCUGCUGCCGUCCCAGCUGCUGUGUGUCCAGCUGCUGCAGGCCUACCUGCUGCAUCUCUAGCUGCUGCAGGCCCCACUGUUGCCAGUCUUGGUGCUGCCAGCCCACCUGCUGCUGCCCCAGAUGCUGCAUUUCUAGUUGCUGCCGCCCCAGCUGCUGCUUGCGCCCAAUCUGUGGCCGGGUCUCCUGCUACGUCACUUGCUAUCGCCCCACCUGUGUCAUCUCCACCUGCCCCCGCCCCGUGUGCUGUGCCUCCUCUUGCUGCUGA